AUGAUGCAGGAGGAGUCCAGUUCUCCAGUCUCCCCCGUGGACAGCUUGAGCAACAGCGAGGAAGAGCUUGACAGGCAGCAGAGCAAGAGGGGAUGCAGGAAGAGGAGAACCAGUAGGAAAAACCCCGACGAUCCCGACAGCCCGACGUCAGUCAAGAAGAACAAGAAGUCCAGCAGCACCGGCAGCAGUCCCCAGUCCUUCGAGGGAGCUACAGACCCAGAGAGUCAUGGCCAACGUCAGAGAGCGUCAGAGGACCCAGUCCCUCAACGAAGCCUUCGCAGCUCUCCGAAAGAUCAUCCCCACCCUUCCCUCCGACAAACUCAGUAAAAUCCAAACCCUCAAACUGGCCUCCAGAUACAUUGACUUCCUCUGCCAGGUUUUACAGAGCGAUGAGCUGGACUCCAAAAUGGCAAGCUGCAGUUAUGUGGCCCAUGAGAGGUUAAGCUAUGCCUUCUCAGUGUGGAGGAUGGAGGGAGCCUGGUCUAUGUCUGCAUCUCACUAA